UUUUACUUUUGACACACGCUCAUCGUUUAAAAGACCCUCAAAGCUCAGAGAGAGCCAGGCAUCUAUUGUUAGGUUUUCUGUUCUCGACAGAGAUGAAAAUAGUCGACAGACUGACCAUAAUGACGUCAUCAGUGACGAAGAUGGAGUGCCCUAACCUGGAACAUCUUGAAGGGAAGUAUGGACAGCAGACAGUACGAAUCACCCGCCUUCACCGGGACGCUGCUAGGGAGGACAUCCAGCCUCUUCUAAAACAGGGUUUCAUACUUAGUAAUCUACAACAUCCAAACAUUAUUAGUUUCAUCUUUGUCGGAAGGAUAGACGAUCGGAUGCAUCUGAUAACAGAGUCAUCAGAUUACGGUACUUUAUCUGAAUGUCUGCGGUGCAAUCUUCUGUCUUCCUCCUGUCAGCUCGUGGACACGGCACUACAGAUUUGCGCAGGGAUGACGUAUCUGCACGACCGCAGCAUUAUCCAUGGAAACCUG